AUGCAGGCGACCGCCCCCGACGACGGGCGCCCUCAGCGCGACAUGGCCGCUCCGACGCCCCCGAUCUUGCGCCUGAACGAGGACUGUAUUAUCAAGAUCGCCGAACACAUUGCGGUCAUCGACUACGAGUACCAGAGAAGGCGCGAGGCUGGCUGUACCUCCGGUCCGCCAAGUAUGCCCCCUGGCCCGCUGAUCGCUUUCUCCAUGGUAAACAAAGCGAUUCGCGAAAUGACAGCCCCUGUCGUAUUCCGCCGGGCCAUCCUCACUCUGGACGAACACUACGCAUCUGAAUGGAAGCAAGGAUUGGGCGUCAUUGACCUCCACAUGGGAGGCAGUCGCUUUGAGCGGACCCUGCGCUGGCCCCGAGAUGUCAUCCGUCAUGCCAGGUCUUUGUGCAUUCGCUGUUCUUACUAUCCGCAUGAUCACAACUCUAUGUGGAAUGUGCGCAUUGACAAGGACUCGCACUCUAGGCUGAUUCCUGCUGCCAUCUUGGACCUUCUCCAGACGCCCAUCUCUCUGAAGUAUCUUAGCCUUUAUGGGCUUCCUUACCCGUUGCUGGAGGACAUCAAGGCCUACGACUUCUACAUUCGCAUUCCAGCCCUUCAGAAUGUUGAAGAGCUGGUGAUCCCAAUGGGCGCAGAGGUCUUCAUGCACCUAUGCCCGAAUACCAAGAAGCUCUCCAUAACUGGAAGCAACGGUCGUAUGACCCGCACGGACCCGAUUCAGGAACAUAACGAUGCGUUCUUCCGCUACGCUUCCGCUCUCACUAAGCUGACUUCGCUCCACUUGGACGAGGUUCAGCGCUACAUCAUGACUUGGAGGAUCGCAGAGGAGCUCCCCAACCUUGAGGAGCUAAAGAACUUGAUGUUCGGAGGUGGCAUGGGCUACUACGAUGCGGUCCAGAUGAUCACGAACCUCCGCCGUCUGCGCAUCCUCACGACCAACUACUUCUCUCGCUCUCCCCGGGACGACCAUGACAACACCGAGGAAGGUCGGAUGCAGCUCGCCAAGAGGAUUCUCGACUUGAACCACCCGACGCUUCAGGCUGUGGAGAUCAGGAUGGACGUCGAUGAGGCGACGAACGGUUACCAGGUCUUCAAGAAGUCCCCAGUGACGGGAGAGGUCUACCCGCUGACGGAGCUGAUGAGGAGGCCGAUGAAGGAUGCCCACCUCAAGUGGCACCCUGCGAACCUCCGCUAG